AUGGCCAAGCUCUGGUUCAAAUUCCAGCGGUACUUCCGCAGGAAACCCGUACGCUUCUUUACCUUCCUGGUGCUCUACCUGACAGCUGGGAGCCUUGUCUUCCUUCACUCUGGUUUUGUGGGUCAGCCUGCUGUCUCCCAGAACCAGGCCAACCCCGCUGCGGGGGCCCCAGCGGAGGGUGCUGAGCUGACCUUCCUGGGUGACUUAAAUCUGGGCAGAGGCUUCCGGGACACAGGUGAAGUCUCAAGCAUCGCCCGCAGGUAUGGACCCUGGUUCAAGGGCAAGGACGGGAAUGAGAGAGCCAAGCUGGGGGACUACGGGGGAGCCUGGAGCCGGGCCCUCAAGGGGAGGGUCGUCCGGGAGAAGGAGGAGGAGCGAGCUAAGUACAUCGGCUGCUACCUGGAUGACACCCAGAGCCGGGCCCUCCGAGGCGUGUCCUUUUUCGACUACAAAAAGAUGACCAUCUUCCGUUGCCAGGACAACUGUGCAGAACGGGGUUACCUGUACGCUGGGCUGGAGUUCGGCGCCGAGUGCUACUGCGGCCACAAGAUCCAGGCGGCAAACGUGAGCGAGGUGGAGUGUGACAUGGACUGCAAGGGCGAGCGGGGCAGCGUGUGCGGGGGAGCCAACCGCCUGUCCGUCUACCGGCUGCAGCUGGCCCAAGAGUCCGCCCGCAGGUACGGAAGUGCAGUCUUCCGAGGCUGCUUCCGCAGGCCUGACAACCUCUCCCUGGCCUUGCCUGUGACGGCUGCCAUGCCCAACAUGUCCGUGGACAAGUGUGUAGACCUCUGCACGGAGAAGGAGUACCCGCUGGCAGCCCUUGCGGGCACUGCCUGCCACUGUGGCUUCCCCACCACACGGUUUCCCCUCCACGAGAGAGAGGACGAGCAGCUCUGUGCCCAGAAGUGCAGCGCAGAGGAGUUCGAGAGCUGCGGGACCCCCAGCUACUUCAUCGUGUACCAGACGCAGGUCCAAGACAACCGCUGCAUGGACAGACGGUUCCUCCCAGCCAAGUCCAAGCAGCUCAUUGCUCUGGCCAGCUUCCCGGGAGCCGGCAACACGUGGGCUCGCCACCUCAUCGAACUGGCCACAGGCUUCUACACUGGCAGCUACUACUUCGAUGGUUCUCUGUACAACAAAGGGUUCAAAGGUGAGCGGGAUCACUGGCGCAGCGGGAGGACCAUCUGCAUCAAGACGCACGAGAGCGGCCAGAAGGAGAUCGAGGCCUUCGACGCGGCCAUCCUGCUCAUCCGCAACCCCUACAAGGCCCUCAUGGCGGAGUUCAACCGCAAGUAUGGCGGACACAUCGGCUUCGCUGCCCACGCCCACUGGAAGGGCAAAGAAUGGCCGGAGUUCGUGAGGAACUACGCCCCGUGGUGGGCCACGCACACGCUGGACUGGCUCCGGUUCGGCAAGAAGGUGCUGGUGGUGCACUUCGAGGACCUGAAGCGCGACCUCUUCGUCCAGCUGGGCCGCAUGGUGGGCCUGCUGGGUGUGGCCGUCAGGGAGGACCGGCUGCUGUGCGUGGAGAGCCAGAAGGACGGCAACUUCAAGCGCUCGGGGCUCCGCAAGCUGGAGUACGACCCCUACACGGCGGACAUGCAGAGGACCAUCUCUGCCUACAUCAAGACGGUGGACGCGGCGCUCCGAGGGAGGAACCUCACGGGCGUGCCCGACGACUACUACCCCAGAUGA